CAUCCCUUUCACCGAAUCAUUUUUUUAGAUCCGUAAGCCAACAAAACUACAAACUCAAAAAUACUAACAAUUAUAAAUAUUAAACAUUACUCAGUUACGCACACACUUCACCAACUUCAACUGUCAUCAACAUCUUCUUCUCCGCCAUGGCUGUCACCAAUGCUUUCAUCGCUUCUUCCUUCGCCGUACACGCAACCAAGGUUUCCGAUCCGCUCUCCAUUCCUCUGCCACCACCAUCUCUCUCAUUCACCCUCCGCUCCUCUUUCUCCCUCAGAAACAAGAAUAUUAUACAUGCUUCUUCUUAUGACUUGAAUGCAGUCGAUUCAGCUUCACCGAAAUCCAAUAAAAAUCUUGAUAGUGUUCCAAUGCCAAUAGUUUUGAUUGAUCAAGACUCAGAUUCUGAAGCAACAAUUGUGCAGCUUAGCUUUGGUGAUCGCCUUGGAGCUCUUCUUGACACGAUGAAAGCAUUAAAAGAUUUGGGAUUGGAUGUUUCAAAGGGAACGGUCUCUACCGAGGGACCGGUGAAGCAAACCAAAAUUUUUAUUACACAAUCAGAUACUGGGCGUAAAGUCGAAAAUCCUGAUAUGUUAGAGAGAAUUCGACUUACCAUUAUCAACAAUCUGUUGCAGUAUCAUCCUGAGUCCAGUGAACAACUAGCGUUGGGUGAAGUGUUUGGCCUAAAGGAUCCAGAAAAGAAGCUUGAUAUUGAAAUUGCAACUCAUAUUCAAGUUAAGGAAGAUGGACCCAAGAGGAGUUUGCUGUGCAUUGAGACAGCAGAUAGGCCGGGAUUGCUAGUUGAAAUAAUCAAAGUCAUUGCAGAUGUGAACAUUGAUGUUGAGUCGGCCGAGAUCGACACAGAAGGUUUGGUGGCCAAGGAUAAAUUUCAUGUCAGUUAUGGCGGGGCUGCAUUAAACAGAUCAAUGUCUCAGGUUUUAGUGAACUGUCUACGUUACUACCUCCGGAAGCCAGAAACCGAUAUAGAUAGUUAUUGAGGAAACACCAUUUACUUGUAUAAUAAUCCAUCCAAAUUCAAAUGUGACUGUUGUUGUACCAAAUUGUGAAUGAGCUCCAUAUUAUUAUCACAUGUGAGGCCUGCAAAUCUCAUUUUAAAAUCUGGUAGCUUUACUGCUACCAGAUUAUGCAAUGAAAAUGUCAUGAAAUGAA